ACCAUACGGCGGCUGCUGACUCCGAUUGCUGUGGCUGACUCUGAUUGCUGUGCAUUUCAGGUGACUCCAAAGGGUGGAAGAUGCUGGAUAAGGCCACCCUGCUCCUGUUCCUGCAUUUAGUCUCGUGCUCUAUCUGCUCUCCUCUCUACCCAGCUUUCAGGUACAAUCCAGGGCCUGUUGUUGGCAAGGCCAUGAACUUCCAGCCACAGGACAACGGCCCAUUGCAGAGCCAUAACCCCUCGGUGGAGAAACAGGAUGAGGAGGGUUUGCUAACAGACCCUGCUGAGAAAAGGAUGCAGCGUCAUGCCGAUGCCAUAUUCACUGACAACUACCGGAAAUUCCUGGGGCAGAUUUCUGCACGGAAAUUCUUACAGACCAUUAUUGGCAAGCGGCUUGGAAGCAGUGGCAGCAGCCCAGGGGACGGGGUGCAUGAGUUUCUGACAAGGCGCCAGUCUGACAGCAUCUUGAUGGACAGCCGCUACCACCAACAGAUGGUACUAAGGGACUUUCUGGGAGCAAUUUUGCAGAAUCAAAGGCCUCAGGACAUCAGCAGCAGUCACUUAGAAGGCUUUCCCAGCACCCUAGCUAAACUCAUAAAUUGAUCCUGUCCAUUCCCAGUCAGCACAUUUUAAAAGGGUGCGAAGAGCCCCAUCAGUGCGUUUAAAGGGAGGGAGGAAGACAUUUACAUUUGUACCAGAAGAACUUUACAUAAGUCACAGCUGUGGAUUCAGCUUGGAAAGCAUGGCGUUUCGGCAUCUCACUUACUGCCUUCUGCCAAGCUCAAGUUGCAUGCACUAGUUCUUCCCACAAGUAAGGUCAGCUGAGAGAAGCCUCUUAAGGAGUGAAAAAACUUCAGUGUGUGCUCACGAAUAACACACAAUUCUCUGUUCUUCUGUCCAGAAUAAUUCAGAGCUCAUGGACAUAACUGUACAGCAAACCAUUCACAGCAAUGAAGACACAUUCCCCGAUGUGACCAGCUGGAAACUGAUGCAUACACUCCUCAGUCUCCUUGAUAAGGAACACAAUUAUGAUGCCUAGUUUAAUUUACUUCAGUCUUUACUAUUAAUUCCUUCUCUAAAUACUAGUCUGUGUAUUGAAUGAGGGAAAAAACCCUCAGAGGUUUAACCUAACGCUGUUUUGUACAAAGCCAGACAAUCAAUACACUUCUAAUCCUGCAGAGAUAUUGUCUAAUUAAGCUUUUCAAAUUAUGAAGCAUAACAAGAAACCUGCAAAGUCAUCAUCUGUUUGAAGGUCUGAUUAAUAAAUAUAUGGCCACCAAGAAGGCACCUUUAAGCAACUUAGUAAAUUGAUUAUAGUCUCCUGUAAGUAGAGGCUGACAGUACAACACAGUUUGGAUCAAGGUGAGGUAAGACAGGGAUCCACGUUAUCUACCAUCUGUUAGAAACACCACUAUGGGCUGUUAUUGGCUCCUUGAUACAGAGCCCUUACAUCAAAUCUGAGCUCUAGAAAGGCUUACAGAGUCCAGCUUAGAGCUGUUUGAAGCUACGGCUUUGCUCUGCAAGAGUUAAAGGAGAUGCCCAUGCAUCAGAUGGGCUGUCACUAUGCUUUAAUUCAAUGUGUUGUCAAAUGGCUCUGAACUCUACCAUGGCUAAGAUAACAGCUGUAAGUGUUUUCACUAUCCUUUAAAGAGGAAAUAUUUUAUUACCCCAAUACUCUCUCACAUAGCCACCUCCUUCCCUGUCACCCCAAUUAUCCUACUGUUCAUGUAAUAAUUGUAUCUUUAGAGAUGUAAAUAUCAGGAUGGGGUUUGCUUUCCCAUCAUUAGCAGGAAAUAAAAGUUGUUAUAAAUAAA